UAAUUGCGUGUGCCUCAGAAAGUCUGUAUAAAAUUCUCCACGGUGGAAGAUCAUAGCAAGGAAUGGUUUAACAAAAUGAAGGCAUUCAUUGCAGCACUGCUUUUGAUCACACUGCAGUAUUCGUGUGCUGUGAGUCCCACUGACUGCAAUACUGCUGAGCCGGAGGCCGAGAAAGCUCUAGACCUGAUCAAUAAAAGGCGACGGGAUGGUUACCUUUUCCAAUUGCUGCGGGUUGCUGAUGCCCAUUUGGACAGAGUGGAAACUGCAACUAUAUAUUACUUAGCCUUAGAUGUGCAAGAAUCUAACUGCUGGGUCCUAUCCAGGAAUCACGGGAAUGACUGUGAGCCAGCUGGUUCCAGACGUGCAUCUGAUAUAGUGAUCGGACAAUGUAAGGUAAUAGCUAUAAGACAUUCCCAUGAAUCUCAGGAUCUCAGAGUGAUUGACUUUAACUGCACCACAAGUUCUGUCUCUUCAGCACUGGCCAAUACCAAAGACAGUCCCGUCCUCUUAGAUUUCUUUGAGGAUACUGAGCCCUACAGAAAACAAGCCGACAAAGCCCUUGAGAAGUACAAAGAGGAGAAUGAUGCCUUCGCCUCUUUCAGAGUGGACCGAAUCGAGAGAGUUGCAAGAGCGAGAGGAGGGGAAGGAACCAGUUACUACAUGGACUUCUCUGUGCGGAACUUUUCCAGGAACCAUUUCCCCAGACGCCCUAAUGUCUUUGGAUUCUGCAGAGCAGCUUUGUUCUACGAUGUAGAAGCCUUGGACUUGGAAAGCCCAAAAGAUCUCAUUGUAAACUGUGAAGUCUUCGACCCUCAGGAACAUGGAAACAUCAGUGGUGUACCACCUAAUUUGGGAUGUCCCUUCCAAUGGGGUGGGCAUGAGCAUUCUCUUCCUACCAAGUCUCCAUUUAAGCCCCAUGGGUCCAGAGAUCAACAUCAUCCCCACAAGCCACACAAACAUGGAUGCCCACCCUCUCCAGAUGACAAAGAUCACUCAGACAGACCCCCACUUCAACAAGGUGCUCCUCUGGUGCCCAUGUCCUGCUCAAGAUGUCAUCAUGUCACUUUUGGCACUAAUAGGACCCAAAGACAUCCUUAUAAUCAUAAUUCCAGUGACCUCCAAUCCCAUGGACACCGUCCCCAUGCACACCAUCCUCAUGAGCACAGUACCAAUAGACAGCAUCCUCAUGGACACCACCCCCAUGGACACCAUCCCCAGGCACAUCAUCCUCAUGAACAUAGUACCCAUAGACAGCAUCCUCAUGGACACCACCCCCAUGGACACCAUCCCCACUACCAUGAUUUCCAAGACUAUGGACCCUGUGACCCACCACCCCAUAGCCAAGGUCACCAUCGCCAUGGCCACGGCCCACGACCUGGGCACUUGAGAAGACAAGGUCCAUGUAAAGGACACUGUCCCUUCCAUUCCAGACAAACUGGAUCUGUGUACCGACUCCCUCCUCUAAGAAAAGAUGAGGUGCUGCCACUUCCUGAAGCCAAUUUUCCCAGCUUCCCACUGCCGCCUCACAACCACCCUCCAAAGCCAGACAUUCAGCCCUUUCCUCAAUCACCUUCUGAAUCAUGUCCAGGGAAGUUCAAGAAUGAGUUUCCACAAGUUUCCAAGUUUUUUGCACAUACAGUUCCAAAAUAAAAUGUGAUUCCUUUGAAGAGGAAAAUGAAUAAUCCUUUGAAUUGGAAUCAUAAAGAAAAUGACCAGUAAUUAUGAAAAUUAUGGUUAUUUCAACUUACUUACAUACUGAGGAUGCAGCAAAAUGGGAAUGGGAAAGGAGAUGGCCUAAGAAGAGAGAUCAAAUGGAAAGGAGAGGAAAGAGCUCAGUGCUGCCAAUUAGCAGUUACUUCUCUCACUCACCACUACAUCACUUAAGGCACAUCUAUGCCCCUCAGAUCUCCUUCUUUACUGGACUUAACUCUAAUUCCAGAGAUUCUGUUACUCCUUGGGCUAUACCUGGGCAUACCAAGAAAGCAUGAUACUGAAACUA